ACAGUCCCAAACAUUGGGAAAAAUGUCAUUUAAUAGCUCAACUUUCAAAUUGUGGCCAUUUGCCACACCAACUUCAUAAAUGGCCAAUUUAAACAUGACAAAUACGUUGACUUCCAUUUAGCACAUUACAAAAUCGUUGACCACGCCAAAACACCAAGCCGUUAACAGAUCCGCUAACACCCGUUAACACCCGUUAACACCUCCGUUAAUGCCCAAAACGGCGUCGUUUAGAGAUUAAUCGAAACUUCUAAAAGCUGAAGAAUCCCCAAUUCUGAGAAAUCCCCAAUUCAAUUUCAAACCCUAAAAUUUUCAAUUCUCAUCAAUUCUUAGCAUUAUCUUCCUUUUGAGCUCGAAAUCUUGUUUUUUUCAUCGAAUUCUCCAAUUCUACCAGAGAUAUGAGUUGCAAUUCGUGUGUUCAAGAUGGAGGUUGCGAGUUCCGCGGGUUUCCUUCAAAGUGUCACUGCAGCUUAGACGUUGUCAUUCUCACAUCGAAGACGAAGCAGAACCCAGGGAGACCGUUCUUCCGUUGUCCAACCUUGAAUGAUGGCCAUUUGUUUAAAUGGGUUGAAGAUUGUGUCUACGAAGAGGUUGUAGACGCUAAGCCGAAAAUCUCCAGCAUUGACAAUGAAAUAAACAAUGCCAAAUGUGAGGUUUCAAUCGAGAUUGCAGAGUUAAAGUGUAUGAUCAAUGAAUUGAAGGAAGAUGGAACGUGGAGCAAAAGAGAAAUUAAGAGAAUCAAAUUGUGGUUGGUCUGCAUUUGUUUAACUAUUACUGCAAUUGUGAUCUUACUGUUGUUUGGUCUCAAAAACCAGAAUCUUGUUUUAGGUUACUAGUUUCUUUGUUGUUUGGUAUGAGUUUUAGUUGUUUGGUAUGAGUUUUAGUUGUUUGUGUCUUUAGUGUUGUGUCUUGCUUUAAUGUAAUGCUAUUAUGGCUUUGUGAUCCUUGUGAGUUGUGCUUUUGGUAAUGGAAAUACAAAUUUGUCUU